AUGAAUACACAGGUCGACACAUCCCAGACAGCCAACUGUGAUCAGAUUCCUAUCAUUGAUCUAUCCAGGUUGCAAAGCCCCAAGUUUGAGGAUCGACAGGCACUAGCAAGCACUAUUCAUGAUGCAUGUGUCCAGGUGGGGUUCUUCUAUAUCAAGAAUCAUGGAAUCCCGGAAGAAAUGAUAACUGGGAUUCAUCGUGCAGCGGAGAGGUUCUUCCGACUUCCAGAGCAGCAGAAGAUGAGGUUCUACAUCGGGAACUCACAGAAGUUCCGUGGAUACAGUCCGAUCGGCGGUGAGAGAUCUACAGGCACAGAUGAAGAUCCAAUACCAGAGGAAGAAGCGGUAGGAGUUCUCUCCGAAGCAUUCGACAUUGGUUAUGAAACGGCGAUGGAUUUUCAAAAAUCAGAAGAUAAUACUCUCCCCGCUGAUACCUAUGGCCUGUACGGGGACAAUCAAUGGCCAGACGAAGAGACAAUCCCAGGUUUCUCACAGACCUACAUAAAAUAUUGCGCUACCGUCUUAGAGCUUUGCCGCAAACUCAUGAGAAUAUUUGCACUAGCUUUGGAGAUUCCUGAGAACUAUUUCGACUCGAAAGUGCAGUCCCCUGGCAUCACGUCCAGAAUGAUGCACUACCCCGCCCAGUCAGCUAACGCUGAAGUGCAGGAGGGACUUGGGGCACAUACGGACUGGGAGUGCUUUACGAUCUUGUCUCAAGGAAAGGUUCCUGGCCUUCAAGUCUUGAACCAUAAUGGCGAAUGGAUCCUAGCGCCCCCUAUCCCCGGAACUCUAGUAGUCAAUAUUGCGGAUUGCUUGUCCACCUGGACAAAUAAGAAGUUCAAAUCAACCAUCCACCGCGUCACAAAUCUCUCCGGAGAAGAGCGCUAUUCAAUUCCGUUCUUCUUUGGGAUAGAUUAUGACGCCACUGUAGGGCCAUUUAAAGCAGGCGAGUGGGUCCGUGAGAAGAUGUCUAGGGCAUAUCUUGGCUACGAGGGAUAG